CACUGAAUAAAAGUUCCGCAUUGGUUCGUUGAAUCAGCUCGACUGCCAGGCUAUUGAAUUGAACCUGUGCUGAUCACUAGCCACUCUCGGGCCCGGACCCGUUACAGGAACGUGCCACAACGGGUGUUGUUGCGAUAAUGUCAUAUAUUAAUAUAUGUGCCAUGCCUCCUAAACAAACUCGCUUCCGUUUCGCGAUCCUUUCUCUUCCGGGUGUGAGCGAGACUUACGCACUAUAUAGAUCUCCAUCAUUGUUUCGCGCAACUCUUAUACUCAGGCUGGCCUCCUCUUCUUUCCGCUUAUUCUCCCUUGCUCGCCUUUGAAUCAUGGCCCACUUGAGUCCAGCCGUCAAUCUCAUAUGGGCAGUGCUUAUAAUUAUGUUCGAAUUCGUUUUAGUUUAUCAUCUCUGGUCCUUUGAUCGUUUCAAAUGUCUGAGGUGGAAUCAUGGACCACGUUCUGGCACGUUCAAGCGGGUCAUGACGUAUUCUUAUUUGACCAGUCUUCCGUUGAUCGCAAUCUACGCUAUGGGUUUCUCCAUUAUCAAGUACAGUUAUGGUUUCACUGUUAUUCCCGGGACGGGUAUCGUGCCCACUCCGUAUGAGCUUUGGCGCGACAGUGCACAAAGCGCAAUCCUCCCUCUAUACCUGUGUCUUUCAGUUGGUUGGGCAUUAGAGAUGGUAACACACCUAGAAGAGCUGUGUUUUUGGCUUUUCCUGAUUCGCUCUAGCUCUGCGAAACAAGAUUGGUUCCGCAGCUUAUAUUUCAAAACAUGGGCGACAGGAUCUAUAGUCGCGGUCAUUUAUAUGCCCCUUGUCGCGGUUUUCACGCGAGAGGAUCCCUACAAGUGCGAGGCUUACAUAUUCUUGGCUGGGAGUCUCGGAAGCUUUUCUUUGACAAUAUGGUUUCUUCCGAUUUUGUGGACAUUCCCCACAUUCCUCGAGAGCCUGAAACAAGCCGAUGUUGAUAUGAAUACAAUGGUUAGACUUACAAAGUUUCACGAGCUCAACUGUAUCCGGGUCUUUUUUCGGUUUCUCUUCACAGUUCCGUUGGUAAUAUUGGGCAUCGAUGGUGUCAGACCGCAUCAGCACAUCAACGAUAACAUGUUUGCCACUGACCUAUUGGGGAUGAUUUCGGUUAUAGGUUGUGUCGUAUCCUCUGGGAUUACUCUUAUGAUAUUCUUCCCGCGCUCAAUCAAGGCGGAAAUGGCAAAUAUGGAAGCAGCUCGCGAGCUCCGCCGAUUCCCCCAAUCAAACACAUUCGGAGAAGAUCCUAUGAAUGUACAGCGUGGAGAUCAACAUGUGUCUACAUAUAAACUGCCUCCCUAUGAGACAGUAGCUCUCGGCCACUCGAUACAGAAAUUCUCAAUCGAAGACAUGUCGGACGAGGAAUGUACAAAAUAUGGGCCGUACGAGAUGUCACCGUCACUAUCCUUGCAACCAAAUCGCAGAACAAAGGAUGGGAAUGUGCAAAUGGGGACUGCCUUCACUCUCACCGACGCUACUCUGUCCAAACAUAAUACAGUCAUGCGGAAGUCGAAUAUAAAUCAUCUUGUGUAUAGCUGGCGAUCACCACUUGAAGUUGAAGAACCACCGCUUUGGUACCGGUGAUAUCAAAUGAUUUGGCGGAAAAAAUACACCAACGGGAUCAAACGUUCUGUCCUUACAUAUUGUAGAUGGACUGCUUUGCUAACUCUAACUUGAAGCACAACAGUCGGCUACUUAUGCAUAUGUGUUGCCUCAUCAUUCAUUUUACUUCACUAAA